ACACAUGCAGUGAGAAUGCUUAAUUGGAUCUAGAGAUUACAAGCGAUUUGUUUCUCGUCGCAGCCUAGAUACAACUCUACUUCCACUUUAUAUAUGUUUAUGGAAUCGAGUGUGUAAAAUAAUUUUCUGGUUUGAGCAGGAUGGCAGAAACAAAAGUAGCGACAAAGAAACCUCACAAGCCAAGGAACUAUAAACUUCCUGGCGGGGUAUGGAGGUAUUCAAAAUCAACUAUGUACAGUCGUAGACGAUUGAUGAAAGUAAAAAAAGUGGCUACCCCAAAAGUCAAGUCCACCAAGAAACCAAAGUUCGUGAAGAAGCCUAUUGGUGGAGAAAAGAAUGGAGGCUUCCGAAUUGUUAAAUUGAAAAAAGAGAGGAAAUUUUAUCCAACUGAGGAUAAACCUAAACUGAAGCAUACACGAAAGAUGAAGGCCUUUAAAAAUCAUAAGAGGUAUUUGAGGCCAAACAUUACUCCUGGCACAGUACUCAUUCUUCUGGCUGGUAGACAUCGUGGAAAGCGUGUUGUGUUUUUGAAACAGCUAGAGACAGGUCUUCUUCUUGUCACAGGUCCCUACCAAGUGAAUGGCUGCCCCUUGAGGAGGAUAAAUCAAAUUUAUGUCAUUGCCACAAGUACUAAGUUGGACAUUAGUAGCGUUAAAAUUCCAGAUCACGUGAAUGAUUUAUAUUUCCGAAGGAAGAAGCCACAAAAGAAGAACAAGAAGGAUGAAGAAGAAAUAUUUGAUACUAAGAAAGAGGAGUAUGCUGUAACAGAACAGAGAAAGAAAGAUCAAGUAGAAGUAGAUCGCCAGAUUCUAAAUGUUAUCCGCAGCCACCCUGAAAAGAAUGUGAUGCUACACUAUUUAAAAGCUUUGUUCUAUCUACAAAACAAAGUAUAUCCUCACAAGAUGAAGUUCUAGCUUUUUCCGUCAAUAAAAGAAAAUUGAAAAAUG